CACUACGCUCAAAGUUAGUCUUUGUGAACUUAAAAAGAUUGCAAGCAAUUGCAAACACUCUUAAGAGAAAAGCAAACAAAAUUACAACAGAGUAGAAAAUUUUAAUAAAAAUGUGAAAUCAUAAAAUUUUUUUGUAUUUUCACAAUCUAAAGCAAGCAUAAAUAAUAUGGCUUUUCUGUGUCCAGUGCGCAUGCGGCGCGAUAAAAAGAAAGCCACCAAUGCGAAUAUUGAACGCGAUUUGCCAUUGCCUGGCGCUGGUCUAGGUCGCAUUACCGGCUCGUCCAGCAUUGAAACACUCGUACGCGUUGGCAUUGAGAAGGAGCACGGUCUUAGUCCAGAUUCUAAAAUGGUUGUUUUGCAUGAUUUCACACCGUGUGUGGAUGAUGAGCUGGAAGUCAAGCGCGGCCAGAUUGUGAAUAUUUUAUAUCGCGAAAAUGAUUGGGUCUAUGUAAUUGGCCAGGAUACACGGCAGGAGGGCUUCAUACCGCACUCAUAUUGUGCGCCAUACAAUACACAAUUGGCUGAUCUUGCCAUAAAAAAGAAGUUACCACGCGAACAGAAUGUCAAUGCGACGCUAGAGCAUAGCCAAGAGAAUAUGCCACUUUUGAGUGCAGAAAGUAAAAUGGAAUUAAUUGAUGAUGUCAGUGCGGUGAAUGGUGUCGCAAAUGCCAAUGGUGUUGUACCAGCUGGUGGCAAUAGCACUAACGCAAUACCCAUUUGUGCGCCAACCAAAAGUGCUGAAGUCAGCUUACUACUCGAACCGGAGUGUACACCCUUUCACAAAGAACCCAGCGGUCGGUAUAUUGUACUUUACACAUUUAUCGCACGCGAUGAAAAUGAUUUGUCUGUGGAGCGUGGUGAAUUCGUUACGGUUUUAAAUCGUGAAGAUCCCGAUUGGUUUUGGAUUGUGCGCAGUGAUGGUCAAGAGGGUUUCAUACCCGCCGCAUUCGUAUUCCCCGCUGAGAGUGUACUCCAAACGCAACAGAAAAUGUUGAAUGCAUGCGGUCCGGCACAAGAUGGUGUUGGCGGUGGUGGUGGUGUUGGUGGCGGCGUGAUUGGUGCCACUAAUGUCAACAAUGCAAUACAUAAAUCACAAACACAAUUGAAUUUAGAGUUAACUGCGGCCAAUUUGAAUAGUAAUUUGACUUCAUUGGGUCAAACGCUAACAACUUCAGCGGGACAGCUGGAUGCGGUAUGCAUUAAUACUUUGCAACAACAAAAUUCAGCACAGCAUCAGCAACAGCAACAGCAGCAAAUUGGUGGUAUCAGCACUGAUGAUCUACGCUACCAUGGCACUGAAUUGGUUAUGUUGUACGAUUAUAAGGCUCAAGCGCCCGAUGAUUUGAAUGUACGUCGUGGAGACUGGAUUUAUGCAGAUUUAAACAAUCAGACUGUCGACGGUUGGUUGUGGGCCUACGCACCGAAAACACGCAAAUAUGGUUUUAUACCGAAGGCAUAUGCUCGCCCACCGGCCAUGACUAGCCUUUAAGUGGCUUAAUCUAUGUUAACGAAAAUACAUUUUAAUGUCUUCCAGUAGAUGAUAUUUCUUUGAAAAGAACUUGCCUACAAUAAGUGUCUUAGAACUAAGUGAUUACAUGAAAUAAAAAUGCUAUUUUUACA